AUGGCGACAUUAAAAUCUCAUUUCAGCGGAAGCAAGAUCAUCUUCUACGUGCUAUGGUGGGGCUUUCAUUGGGGAAUGUUUGCCUUUGGAUGGUACAAGCAAGCAGCAGAUCCAAAGCUGGCCGGCCUCAACACCCUGACAUUCUCAGUAUGGAUAUCUCGCGGCGCCGGUCUCGUUCUCUCCUUUGACACCUUGUUCAUCCUUCUUCCCAUGUGUCGGAACAUCAUGCGCUUCAUUCGACCCAAGUUCAAGUUCCUUCCUCUCGACGAAACAAUCUGGUUCCAUCGUCAGUGUGCCUACGCCAUGUUGGUAUUCACUGUCCUCCACGUUCUCGCCCACUACGUCAAUUUCUUCAACGUUGAACGAACCCAGAUCCGACCUGUAUCGGCAAUCCAGAUUCACUAUGCCCAGCCCGGUGGCAUUACCGGCCACAUCAUGAUGCUGUGCAUGUUGCUCAUGUAUACCACAGCCCACCAAAAGAUCCGACAACAAUCCUUUGAAACCUUUUGGUAUACCCAUCACCUGUUCAUCCCCUUUUUCCUCGGCAUGUACACCCAUGCGGUCGGCUGCUUCGUGCGAGACACAGCCGAACCCUUUUCUCCCUUUGCAGGUGCCGAUUUCUGGGCCCAUUGCAUCGGGUACCAAGGCUGGCGUUGGGAACUGUGGGGAGGUGGACUGUAUUUGUUUGAGCGACUGUAUCGAGAAAUCCGUGCCCGCCGCGACACCAAGAUUUACAAAGUGAUCCGACACCCCUACGAUGCCAUGGAAAUCCAAUUCCAGAAACCCAGCAUGAAAUACAAGGCGGGUCAGUGGCUUUUCAUCAACAUUCCCUCCGUCUCAAGCCAGCAGUGGCAUCCAUUUACCAUCACCUCUUGCCCCUUUGACCCAUACAUCUCGAUUCAUGUCCGUCAAGUCGGUGACUGGACCAAGGCUGUGGGUGAUGCCCUGGGAUGCGGGCCAUCACAAGCCAAACAAUUCGACGACCUCGACAACAGCGGCAUCUACGAAAUCGCUUUGCAGCACGGCCAAGAAAUGCCAGCCAUCCGCAUCGAUGGACCCUAUGGAGCUCCCGCCGAAGAUGUCUUUGACAACGAAAUUGCUGUUCUCAUCGGCACAGGUAUCGGUGUCACACCUUGGGCAUCCGUGUUGAAGCACAUUUACAACAUCCGCGCCGGACCCAACCCACCGCGACGUCUCAAGCGAGUGGAAUUUCUCUGGGUGACCCGUUCCAUUGAAUCGUUCGAGUGGUUCCAGACACUUCUGUCAUCACUGGAAGCUCAAUCCGCUCAAGCGGCCGAGACCGUGGGUGGACCUGAAUUCCUCCGCAUCCACACCUACCUCACGCAACGAGUCGAUGCCAACACUGCAGCAAACAUCUACCUCAACACGGUAGGCAAUGCAGUGGAUCCCUUGACCGAACUCCGAACCAAGACACAGUAUGGUCGUCCUGACUUCAACCGUCUCUUUGGCGCCAUGCGAGACGGUCUCAUGGACCAAACAUACCUAGAUGUCGGCAAGGAAGGCUCCAUCACCGCCGGCACAAAAGCCACCGUCGGUGUCUACUUCUGUGGACCCGGCGCCGCUGCUCGUGAAAUCAAGAACGCGGCCAAAGCCACGAGCAAUGAAUUGGUCAAGUUCCGGUUCUGGAAGGAGCACUUUUAA